GGCACGUGGAGGGGCUGGGCAGUGUCUGCGGCUCCCCGCGUCCGGCCGGGGGCGGCUACCGAGGUCGGCGCUCAGUAGGACCUGGGGCUGCAGGCUGCUGAACCGUCUAAAGCCGACUUUCGGGCCCAAUCUCUCUCGAGAGAGCGGUGCCCUCACUUGCUUUGCUGAAGGAGCCAACGGCUCAGACCGGCCUGGCAAGGCCCCUCUGCUCCGUGGGGGGGCUGAAGAAGAAACCCGAGUAGCUGCUGACGUCUAGCUGCCAAGGGGGAACAGCCUGCUGGGGCUCUGCGUUCUCUAUCAGGCUCCGGAGAAGAAAAGUGCAAAGGGUGGGGUGAACAAGUGUGGGGUGAACACAGUCAGAGAUAGAGUCAGGGGACAGGCCAGUGCCCAGGAAAACAGGCAUUGUGCAGGAGGAGGCAGUACCAGGGUGAAGGGGCAGGUGGGAGGCAGAGGGGGUUCCCAGGAGGGAGUGCCCAGGAAGGGGACAGUGUGAGAACCAGCACCCUAGAGGAACGGGCAGUGUAAAGGAAGAGGUGGUAUCCAUAGGAGAGGACAAUGCCGGGAUGAAGGAGCACUUAGGAGAACGUGUCCAGAAGGUGAGCGCAGUGGUGGAGGAAAGGCCAGAACCGAGCCGAAGGGGCAGUACUGAGGAGAGCAGUGUGAUGGGGUUAAUACCAUGCUGAAGGGGCGGUGCGAGGUAAGAAAUCAGGGGUGGGGAGGGUGCAGUACCAGAGGAGGAGACAGUGCAGACUUCCCUCUUCCCCAUGGUGACAUCAUGGCAAAUUCCCAAAGUGGAUAUCACCGGGUCGGGUGACAUCCAGCUGGGCCCAGCCGGCCUGGGCCAGCCCGGGAUUCCUCAGUGCCAGCUAGAAGGACUGGGUACGGCACCCUACUUGGCCAUCGCCCUGGGGGCGUGGUUCUGCUCCGCUAGCCCUUUGCGCGGACUGUGCCCUCGGCAGACCCGCGGACCGACAGGGUAGGGCUAGGGCCAGGAUUCUCUGGGCCAAGGAUCAAGGUCCCUGGCUGGGGUAGGCCCCCAAGCACUCCAGUCUUCCUAACCCGGCAUCUGAAGAGGGCGCACUAGAGCCUCCGGAGAGAGCGGGACACCAAGCCACCCCCGGCUGGAGGUGGGACCUAUCGUGUUCCCGCCCUGGGAGGAGUUAUCUGGACGUGAGACCGCCCUAAACACUGAAGCCUCUCGGAAGCAAUCGUUCGGGGCGGAAGUUAAGAAGCCCCGAGAGCUAGGCGGCGGAAGUAGCUGCGUUACUGCUGGUCUGUGCGCAUGCGUCCUUCUAUUUCUUUGCUGCCGCUCUUCAGGCGCUGCAUUUUCCUCUCUCAUUUUUCUCCACGCGGGGCCGUGCCCUGCUCCGUAGUCUUCGUCACGCGCUCAGCACCUCUGCUUCUCUCGUGGCCCCCUCACCAUGGCGGGCAUUCUGUUCGAGGAUAUUUUUGAUGUGAAAGACAUUGACCCAGAGGGCAAGAAGUUUGACCGAGUGUCUCGACUGCAUUGUGAGAGUGAAUCUUUCAAGAUGGACCUCAUCUUAGAUGUAAACAUUCAGAUUUAUCCUGUUGACCUGGGUGACAAGUUCCGGUUGGUGAUAGCCAGUACUUUGUAUGAAGAUGGUACUCUGGAUGAUGGUGAAUACAACCCCACAGAUGAUAGGCCUUCCAGGGCUGACCAAUUUGAGUAUGUAAUGUAUGGGAAAGUGUACAGGAUUGAGGGAGAUGAAACUUCUACUGAGGCAGCAACACGCCUCUCUGCCUAUGUGUCCUAUGGUGGCCUGCUCAUGAGGCUGCAGGGUGAUGCCAACAACCUGCAUGGAUUUGAAGUGGAUUCCAGAGUUUAUCUGCUGAUGAAGAAACUGGCCUUCUGAACUACCCAGGAAGCCUACCUGGUUGCUUAGUCACUCAGGUCAUGGACAUUAAUUCAAGCCUGAGUAGCAGUUGCUGUUGGUCACCUGUUCGGGAGGGCUGGCUCUGUGUCACUGUGCGUGUAUCUUUAGGAGGUUUGGACUCAGUGGGAAACACCUGUUUGUGAAAGAUCCAGUGUUUUGGCAAGCUUAAAAUGAAUCAGAAAUUGUUCUGUGUAUAUGAUUUUUUAAUUAAACUUUACUUUUUCAGACUCUU